AGGGGGAAUCCUAUUUGAAAAGUUGUAACUUUUUUUAAUGGUUGAUAUUGUUAUUAUUUUUGUUUAUAAAGGUGUUUCUUUUAGGGUCAAUGUACCUACUUUCAAGUUUCAACCCAAUCUGCAUAGUGCUUUCCCAUGUCGAUUUCUGGUAUACAGGGCCAGCUUCUUGAGGUUACAGUGGUUGGAUGCAAUAAAUUGAAGGACACAGAAUGGAUUUCAAGGCAAGAUCCAUAUGUUUGCCUCGAAUAUGGUAGCACCAAGUUCCGUACAAGAACCUGUACAGAUGGUGGCAAGAACCCUACAUUUCAAGAGAAAUUUGUGUUUACAUUAAUCGAAGGCCUUCGCGAGGUGAAUGCUGUGGUUUGGAAUAGCAAUACCCUCACUUAUGACGACUUUAUUGGCAGCGGAAAGAUUCAAUUGCAGAAGGUUCUUUCCCAGGGAUACGAUGAUACUGCUUGGCCCCUUCAGACUAAGACUGGCAGACAUGCGGGAGAGGUUCGACUGAUAUUGCACUAUGCAAAUGCCAGAAAACCAGAAACAAGCUUUGCUCCAUCAGCACCACCGUAUGUAGCACCUCCUGCGCCCCAAGUCUCUCUAUACUCUGCUCCUCCACCAGUGACUGCUGGUCCUUAUCCAUCAGCGGCUACAGCCUAUCCAGCGACAUUUCCCUACCCUUCAUACCCACCAAAUUCAGGAGCAUAUCCAACAUCGUCAUACCCUCCCCCUCAGCCUUCAGCUUAUCCUCCACAGCCGUACCCACCACAUUCAGCUUAUCCCCCAGCACCAUACCCACCACCAUCAGGUUAUCCUCCGCCUCCACAAGCCUCACCAUAUCAUCCUCCAGGUGAUUUCCUUUUCUACUUACAUCUCUUGCUAUUGUCAUCUCAUCUUCAAUGCUAAAUCUCUGUUCUGUUUUUCAAUAGGUCAUUACCCUGGAUUGUAUCCUCCACCAUACUGAGCUAAAUGCAUGUCCAAGUGAAGAGCAGGAAUGGGUCAGCACCUUCAUGUGUAGACUGUGUAAUUGUUAUUCUGUAGUUGUGAUGACACAGGAUUUCAGUGCUUGUGAUGACAUUUUCCUGGGUUCUCUCUCUAAUGUCAAAGAUUUCAGUGGUUGUGAUAAGAAAUUAAUUCCUAGGCUCGCCGCUUCAAGUGUUGAUAACAAA